ACAUACCUGAAGAUGGCGCGUGUUGUAGACGAGGCAACGAGACAGGACAUCAUAGCUUUGGUGAAGCUGCAAAAUGGCGGAGCUCCAGUUGAAAGCCUCGCGAAGGAAUAUCAUGACAUGAAAGGAGUACGCCUCAAGUUUUCCGAGUUGGGAUUCAAGAAUAUCUUCGAACUGGUUGGAGCCAUUCCGGGGUUGUGGAUAGAAAAUGGUCGUGUUCGUGCUGCUUCGAGCGCUGAUACUCGUCACCUCGAAUUACUAGUGACGAGUACGCAGUCGAAAAACAAGAAACAUGGAGGAUUCCACGGGGUUCCUUGUCGGAAUAAACCCGCCAUGCCCGUACCCGCGAAACCCAUCAGUCAUGAUUAUGCUGGUCAUCAGCAUUGGCGAAGUCCUGCACACAGAUUCAAUUACCCUCGACCUCUUGACCAGAACGUCGGCCUGAAUCCAGGAUUUGAUUCAAAAGCUGCCCCGUUUGGUAUCCGGGAAAAGACUUCUGAGGCUUUUGUAAACCGUGUCCCGUCUCUUGUGAAUCCAAACUUGCCAUCUCCGAAACGUUCGGAACAC